AUGAUCGCAGCUGUACGGUGGAGGCUUGUCAAGCCCAGAAAAUGGGCCAAACGAAAUUGGAGAGUCCGUGAUUUGUCUUCUCUAGCAGUUGCAGAAUCCAAGUCCACGGCCGUAUUUGAGGCUGCUAUUGGUCUAAAUCACACCAAAGAACCAUCAAAUGAGCAUAGUUUUCGGUCCCGGAAGAUAGAAACCAGGCGUGAAAGAGCACCCAAUACUUUGCUUGGAAAAACCGGCGGCGAGAUCUUCCAUGACUUGAUGAUUCGGCACAACGUCAAGCAUAUCUUUGGAUACCCCGGAGGUGCAAUUCUCCCCGUUUUUGACGCGAUAUACAACUCGAAACACUUCCAAUUUAUCCUACCCCGGCACGAGCAAGGAGCAGGGCAUAUGGCGCAAGGAUACUCGAGGGUGACGGGAAAGCCCGGUGUCGUUCUGGUUACCUCUGGGCCUGGCGCGACCAAUCUCAUCACGCCUAUGAUGGAUGCGCUGGCGGACGGUACCCCGCUUGUGGUUUUCGCGGGCCAGGUGAAUACCGCAAUAAUUGGUUUAGAUUCUUUCCAGGAAGUCGACAUGCUCUCAAUGUCUCAACCUUGCACGAAAUGGAAUGUCCGCGUCCGAAGUCCAGAAGAGCUCCCACGGCAGGUUGAGGAGGCGUUCGAAAUCGCCAUUCGCGGUCGACCAGGGCCUGUUCUCGUGGAGCUUCCGCAGGAUGUCACAGCAGGGAGGGCCCACGAGCGUCCUCCUCUCUCCCUUUCUCUGUCCAGCCGCAUGAGCCCAGCCGGAAUGGCGAUGAGGCAAAUGGAACGAAAAAGUUUAAACCGUGCGAUUGGCGAGACAGUAAGAUUGAUCAACAUUGCUAAGAAACCGAUCAUAUAUGGUGGACAGGGCGUGCUGGCUACGCCACAAGGGCCGUUGCACUUGAAGAGUCUUGCCGAUAAAGCGUCAAUACCAGUGACGACCAGUCUACAAGGCUUGGGAGCCUUCGACGAAGAUGAUCCCAAGGCGCUACAUAUGUUAGGUUUGCAUGGCGCUGGGUAUGCAAAUAUGGCAAUGCAACACGCAGACCUUAUUAUCGCUCUAGGCGCGAGAUUUGACGACCGAGUCACUGGGAACAUCACCAAGUUUGCGCCGGAGGCCAACCUAGCAGCAUCUCAAGGGCGGGGUGGAAUUGUUCAUUUUGACAUCUCACCAAAAUCCAUCAACAAGGUUGUGGAAGCCACGGUGGCAGUAGUCGGCGACUGUGGAAGUAGCUUGGGCCAGCUUCUACCACACGUCAACAAGGCAGAAAGACCUGAGUGGCUGGCUCAAAUACAGGCAUGGAAGGACAAGUACCCUUUCAGUGCAUAUAGGUGCAGUGGCCUUGGUGACCAGAUCCAACCUCAGGGAAUUAUUGAACGGCUAAAUGAGAUGGUGGCUCCAAUAAAGGACCGGACAAUCAUCACCACAGGUGUUGGCCAGCACCAGAUGUGGGCCGCCCAACACUUCCGAUGGAAAUAUCCUCGAACAAUGGUCACGUCUGGAGGUUUAGGUACAAUGGGGUUUGGACUCCCCGCCGCUAUCGGAGCCAAGAUCGCUCGCCCAGACGCCGUUGUUAUUGACAUUGACGGCGAUGCAUCCUUUAAUAUGACUCUGAGUGAACUGCAAACCGCGAGUGAGUUCGAUAUUGGCGUCAAGGUGAUUAUUUUGAAUAAUGAGGGUCAAGGGAUGGUCACACACCUUCAGACCGUGUACUAUCAGAAUCGGUUCUGUCAGAGCCAUGGUCUAAACCCUGACUUUGUACGCGCUUCUGAGGCAAUGGGCGUGCAGGCCCAGUGCUGUUCAAAGUUGGACGAAGUCGACGAAAAAUUAAAAUGGCUGUUGGAAACAAAAGGACCUGCUGUGCUGGAAGUAAAGGUCGCCCGAGAAUCUUUGACAUUGCCCAUGGUUCCCUCAGGGUGCGGUCUUGAUGAGUUUCAGUUUUAUAGUAACUAG